AUGGCUGUUUCAGGAAUGGGGUCCCCUUCCCAGAAAGCUAUUGUUGCUUCUAGCAGCGGGGCUUCGUACUCGGGUUCAAAGGCCAUGGAUGGCACUUCUUCCUCUCACACCAACACUUCGUCUGCUACUUCCAAAUCUUUGGGGGGAAAGGGAAGAAAAAGGAGCAAGUAUCGCCAUGUCGCAGCCUAUCAUUCUCAGUUGCGUCAUUCCAGUUUAAGUCGCGAUUCCAAUGCCAACACGAGUUUCCUGGGGUUUCGGAAUCUCAUGGUGAUCGUUCUAGUGGCGAUGAACCUCCGGCUGAUCAUUGAAAAUUACAUGAAAUAUGGGGUCCUUAUUUGCAUCAGAUGCCAUGACUAUCGGAAGCAGGAUGUCGUUCUUGGCACUAUGCUCUUCUUCUUGGUUCCAUGCCAAUUGUUCGUGGCAUACAUCCUUGAAUUGGCUGCAGCAGGAUGGGCCAAGUCCGCAGUCGGUCGAAAGAAAAAGGACAGAUCUGUCGACGAAGGCGAGCGCGAAGAGCGCGCUUUUCGCACUAUCUGGCGGUUUACGUUAUCCUUUCAUAUUCUGAACACACUCUUAACUCUCGCAGUGACGAGCUUCGUCGUUUACUAUUACAUCCACCAUCCUGGAAUCGGUACUAUCUGUGAAGUUCAUGCGAUCAUCGUCGCGCUCAAAAACUGGUCAUAUGCGUUCACGAACCGCGACUUGCGUGAAGCAAUGCUCAAUCCUUCUGCAGAGUCGGCCAUUCCUGAACUAUACUCGUCCCUUUCUUACCCCAGGAACAUCACUCUCGGGAAUCUAACGUACUUUUGGCUGGCGCCGACCCUAGUCUAUCAGCCUGUUUAUCCCCGCUCACCGCGGAUUCGAUGGUCAUUUGUUGCAAAACGUCUGCUCGAGUUCGUAGGCCUCUCCGUCUUUAUCUGGCUUCUCUCCGCCCAAUACGCUGCUCCAGUUCUACGGAAUUCAAUCGACAAGAUCGCCGUUAUGGACAUUGCGUCAAUUCUCGAGCGAAUAAUGAAGCUGUCCACGAUCUCCCUCAUCAUCUGGCUUGCCGGGUUCUUCGCUAUUUUCCAGUCGUAUUUGAAUGGCCUGGCCGAGGUAAUGCGAUUCGGCGAUCGCGAGUUCUAUACGGAUUGGUGGAACAGCUCGAGCCUGGGUGCAUAUUGGCGGUCAUGGAACCGGCCAGUGUAUCUUUUCAUGAAAAGGCACGUGUUUUCCCCCAUGGUCGGACGGGGUUACAGCCCCUUGGCGGCGAGCACAGUAGUCUUCAUAAUUUCUGCUCUCCUGCAUGAGUUGCUUGUGGGAAUUCCCACACACAAUGUCAUUGGAGUUGCACUUGUUGGGAUGUUGUUCCAACUACCAUUAAUCGCCAUCACGGCUCCGCUGGAGAAGAUGAAGGAUCCCUCGGGCAAAGUAGUUGGGAACUCCAUCUUUUGGGUGAGUUUCUGCGUCGUAGGACAGCCCCUGGGAGCAUUAUUGUAUUUCUUUGCAUGGCAAGCAAAGUAUGGCAGUGUGAGCAAGAUGUGA